UAUAACUUAUAAUCCCCCUGGGUUUUUCUCCCUUGUUCAGAAAAAUAAAGACUUUCAUAGGAUGCUUAUAAGAGAACUAGAACACACUUAUUCUCUUCGAAUUCUUCACUUUUAGUGAAAAUCCCCAUCCGGGCAUCCUUCAAAAUCCAAUCUUUUCUAACCCCAACAUGCCUUUGCCAUGGAAAAAGACCAGAGUUUCAAGAUUUUCACGUCUUGUGGCAGAUCUUCAGUCACCAAAAAGAGGGAAUUCUCUUGUUGUUGAGACUGGUUUCCCUACUUCUCUUAUUGAUCUCUUUCACAAGAACCGUGAAAGGUUAAAGAAACCAACUGCCAAGAAGAAAAAGAGGAGACAACAGCAGUUGCAAGAGGUGGAGGAGGAACUUGUAAUCUCUGAUCCAAUUCCUUUAUCAAGUUCUCGAGACUUGGUGGAUGUACCAGAGCCUAUUCAGAAUUUGGAGAAUGUGGAAAGUUUUGACGCUUGUGAAUUGGUGAGUCAGUUAUUGCCUGUUGUUGAAGGUGUUGAUGAUGUUGAUAAUGUUACGGUUACUGAUAAGAAAUGUUGGGAUGAGAAAGAGAAACGUUUGUUAUUUGUGGUUUUGAAGAUGUUUUUGGUGUUGGUUUUGGGUUUAAGUACUAAAGGGCUUGUUGUUGGGAUAACAAUGUCUGCUUUUGUGCUUAUUUUUCUUGAAUAUGUGGGAAAACAUGUGUUAUGUUUCUUGAAACUAUGUUUGAGUGUAGAGCUAGUCUUAGAACCUUUUGUCGAAAGGGUUUCUUCAGCAUUUUUUAUGUUGAAAGGGGUAAGGAAAUGUGAAGAUUCGAGUAAAGGAUUGAUCAUUCAAGAAAUAGAUCAAGAAGAAGCUGUUAGUGGGGUUGAUUCAUGUGAUUUGAUUGAGACUCUUGAAAUGAAGUCUUCUGUUGAGGAAAUUCAAGCUGUAGAAGUUAAUUUUGAUAUGAUUGUGCCAGUCGAAGAAAAUAGGGGAGCCGAAUCAAGAAUGGAUUUACUCAGUUGUGAUGGGAAAAAGAUGAGGAUAGUGGAGAUAGAGGAAGAUAGAAGUGGAGUUUUGGUAUGUGAAAAAGAGAAGAGCCGAAACUCUAAGAUCAGAAGAAAGAUUAUACAGAAAUUAGUGCCCAAGAAGUUGCGUGCUGUAAAGAAGGCAAAGAAGAAUAAUGAUAAGGAACCAGAUUUUGGUAGUGAAUCAUCUAGUUGUUGGGGAGACGUUGAGGGGAGAAUUGAAGAGGGAAUAAAUGAGAGAAAAGGAGAAGAACCCUAUCAGGGAAUUUCUAGUUCUAGCACUGGAUGGCAGGCUAAAAUGGAAGUGGUUGUAGUCGAAAAGGGGAAAACCGAAAAAAAGGGCAGUUCAGAUUACCUGAUUCUCUUUUUUGUUGCGCUUGCUGGACUUGUAGGAGGUCGGAGUCUAUCCCUUGUACUUACACUUGCAGCAUGUUUGAUGAUAAAAUUGGUUGCAAGAUAUAGAUGUGUAAAUGAGCCUAUGAAUAGGUCCCCUGCUUCAAUUUCAAGCUAGGAUCUUUGGUGAUCUUUUGUUCAAAAAGGGUCUUUCUUGUUUUUUACAAUUUAUUUUUGCAGUUUUUGCUUCUGGGGAAAGUGUUCUUCAAGCGUUAAAACUGUAUCAAAAAUGCUCAGUCUGGUGAGCAUUUACAACCUUUUUGUUGGGAUUCCAACUUGAGGUGUUGUAUCCUGAACUGUAAAUUUACAGACACAUAAUCAAGAUUCAUAAAUACUUUCAAUGCUUAA